AUGUUUGUAAAAAUUCCUACGCAUCCUUUUACCUACGCAAUUCCUACGCUUCCCAAAAUACAAUUCCCCGCUACUCUAAUCGUUAGUCGUGGAGUCAUCCAUUACUUACUCAAACAAAACCCUACGCCUAACACCGGCGAUUUCCGACCUUGCUGCAACACUCCCGGUGACAAUUCCCGACCAAUACCUACAUCGUUGACAAUUUCAGGUUUCCCCUCCAGCUGUCGCUGUCGCACUCCACCACCGGCACUAUCCCAAACCACCACCGUCGCUACCCCACACUCCCAUCGUCGAGACCUGCAGACGCCCCAUUAUUCGGGUACACAUGGUGGAUCAAAUGAUGCAGAUUCGAAUGGCUCUCAUAGGCCAUUUAUCACACGAAAGGGGUACAAGUUUAGGAGACAAAGUAUUCAUCGGGCGAUCGUAAAGAUAUUUUGGCAGUCUAUAAAUGAACCUUGGGUUACUUAUAAAAAAACUUCGAAGGAAGUUGUCACUCAAAUGUUUGAGCGUUUUAGGACACAAUACCGGUGGGAUCCAAAUGAAGAAGGGUUAAUUCAUGAAGGUUUUGAGAAUACACUGAAAGAUCGCUACAGGGGUAGAAUGAGGGAUGCUAGGGAAGCAUCGGCAAAUUCUGCAAGAAAAGCUGGCCACGUUAUCACAGAGAUUAAUGAUAACUUUGAGAUUGUUGCAAAUUACAAUCCUGCUGAAAUACAUAUAGAUGUUUGGCGACCCAGACAUACGGGUGGUAGCAUUAGAUUUGAGGAGCACCGUCUUAAAUUGAAACAGUUGACGGAUAAAGAGGCGCAAGUGGAUUUUGUGAAUGAGACAUCUAGAGUGGCGAUCGAAUCAUAUAACACAUCCCUAUCUAAAAAAUAUGGUGAUGAUCCGACUCAACAUAAUGUGAAUGAUCCUGAAUUGUGGACCCAAACACAAUUGCUUAGGAAAGGCAGGAAACAAAAAGGUUCUAUCUAUGGGGCAGGAUACUCGGAUCUGCACUUUCUGAUGACGGGUGCAUAUUCUUAUGAGUCAACUUCAGCUUCUGCUGACUUUGCAAAGUCACAACAGGAGGUAAAUGAAUUGCGACAAAAAAUAUCAAACAUGGAACAAGCCAUGGAAGAAAAGCAAAGUGAAAUGAAUUUGCAAAUGCAAUAAAUGCGAAAUGAAAUGGAAUUGCAAGUGCAACGACAAUUGGCGGCUUUUAUGAAAUAAAUUAAUCCGUCCGAUAAUCCACCAAGUAGUUCUUAGUUUUUGUUUUAGAACACUAAAUUAAUGUUAUGUUAUUGACUUGUUCUUAGUUUUUGUAAUGGUAUUGUAAUGGUAUUUUGAGUAUUUGAAUGUAUGAAUGGCAUGUUAUUGACUAUUUUAAUGGUAAUGAAUGUAAUGGUAUUUGA